AUGCGUGUUGUCAUAGUACUUUUUCUACUUUGUAUUGUCGUAUCCAAUGCUAUCCGAUGUUAUAUGGGUUCUGGAACUCAAUGCAUGGUCGGACCUGAUAUGAAACAAUGUGGUGAACAAGGAGAAUGUGUAUGUGCAAAAUAUAAAUUUUUAUGCACAGGUAAUGAUCAAGGUUGUACACUAGAAGAACAACAGAAGAGAACAACAAAAUGGGCUUAUACUAUAAUAGCAAGUAAAAUGUGCAAUCAAAUGCGUAAAACACCGUUCAUAUACAAAAAGUUAUUGUGUUGCAAGAAGGAUAAAUGUAAUCGACCAGGAAAAGGUACAACUUGUGCAGCGAUUCCGAUGAAUAUGUUCAAUCAACAAUAG